UCACUCCCACCCUCAGCCGCGGCUCUCCUCAUGCCCCUCGCCCCCGUCCUCGGCCAGCCCCGGCAGGGCUGGGAGCGGAAGGAGCCUCGGCGGGGGGGUGGGGGCCGUGCUCCGCUGUACCGAUCCGCCCCUCCCCUUCUUCCCUCCCUCUUUUCCUUCCUCCCUCCCUCCGCCGGACGGGGCCACCCGCCCCACCGGCACUAGUCGCUGCCGGCAGCCGCGGCGUAGCCCGGUGCAGGACGUCCCAUGCCAGUGCGGUGCGAGACAUCCUAUCCCGGAGCGGGAUAUCUCAUCUUGGUGCAGGACAUCCACCUCGAUACCAUGUGGGACAUCUCAUCGCAGUGAGGAAGAUCCCAUCCUGGUGCAAGACAUCCACCUCGCUGUGUUGUGAAACAUCUCAUCGCAGUGAGGAACGUCCCACCGCGGCGCAGGACAUCCACCUCGGGAUGGUGUGGAACAUCUCAUUUCAGUGAGCAGCAUCUCAUCCCGGUGCAAGACAUCCCAUCCUGUUGAAGGACACCCACCUUGGUAUGGUGCAGGUCAUAUCCUGAUGAGAGACAUCUCAUCCCUGUGAGGAACAUCCCGCACCUCAGUACGGUGUGGAACAUCUUAUCCCGGUGAGAGACAUUCCAUCCCGACACUGUGUGGAACAUCCCAUCCCAACACAGGCCAUCCCAUCCCAAGCACAGCUCAUCCCAGUGCCGGCUGUCCCGAUGGAGAAGCAGGGUUACCGGUGCCGUAGCAACCGGUACAUCGAGAGUGGGCAGUCGGCAGUGCCCAGCUCGCUGCUCUUUGCCGCCGGGCUGCUGGGCAACGUGCUGGCAUUAAUGCUAUUGGGACAGCACCGGCGCCGUUCCCGGUCUCCUGGUGGUCGCCCACCGAGGGUCUCAGCUUUCUAUGUGCUGGUGAGCGGCCUGGCCGUCACUGACCUGCUGGGCAAGUGCCUGCUCAGCCCCAUCGUCCUGGCUGCCUACGCCUACAACCGCAGCCUCAGUGAACUGGGACCGGGCGGGCGCAGCGAAGACGAGCCCGGUGUCCUCUGCCAGCUCUUUGCCUUCCUCAUGGCCUUCUUCGGGCUGGCCCCCACCUUGCUGCUCCUCGCCAUGGCACUGGAAUGUUGGUUGUCCCUUGGACACCCCUACUUCUACCGGCGGCACGUCACCCGGAGGCUGGGUGCCACUCUGGCGCCGGCAGUGGCAGGUCUCUGCGCCCUUUUCUGCGCCCUGCCCCUGCUGGGCUUUGGGGCGCCCAUGCAGUACUGCCCCGGGACCUGGUGCUUCAUCCGUAUGGCCGGCGGCGGACCGCGCCAGCUCGGCUUCCCCGUGCUCUACGCCAGCCUGAUGGGUCUGCUGGUGCUGGCCAUCGGCGCCUGCAACGUGAGCAGCAUGCGGCACCUCUACCGCAUGGCGCGGCGGCAGCCCCGCCGCGGGCCCCCCGCCGCCGCCCCGCGCAUGGAGGAGCUCGACCACCUUGUGCUGCUGGGGCUCAUGACCGUCCUCUUCACCAUCUGCUCCCUGCCGCUCAUCGUACGGGCGUACAUGGGGGCCUUUGCCGCCGACUUCAACGAGAACGCCGACCUCAGCGCCCUGCGCUUUGUGUCCGUGAACUCCAUCGUGGACCCCUGGGUCUUCAUCAUCUUCCGCACCUCUGUCUUCCGCACCUUCGUCCGGAGGCUGUGCCGGAGGCUCCAGUCCCGCAAAUCCACCCUCAAAGGGUCCAGCCUGCAGGGGAAUGACCGGUUCUGCCCCCUGGGCUGGCGCAAACCGGACAGCCCGCAGCUUGGCUUCCCCUGAAGGCGCGCAAGAAGCUGGCGGCUGAUGGUGAGGAUGAGCAAUGAGCCUUCAGCCCCCACCUCAGAGCAUCUCCGGGGCAGCAGGAGGCUGUCACAGGUGGGGGACAGCAUCCGACUCGCAGCGAGGGGUGGGCGUGAAGUGUUUCUGCCCCCGCCCCAGAGAGGAACUGGGCUGCGUCUUGGGUAGCUGUGAAUAUUUUGGAGCAGCAGCACUUUGAAGAGGGUUUGAGGAGCAGUAAAAGGCUCAGGAAAGCAGGAGGGUUGUGGUGAGUGGCUUCAGGGCAGAGGGGAAAUGCAGGAGGAGAGGGCACUGUGUCUUCCGAGCAAAUAAAGGCAGUCUGAAGCCCUGCUCUGCCACCUCA